AUGGUUUUAACCUUCGAAUUACACUACCAAUCUCCGGAUAGUGCGAAUGCUGGGGUUUGGGAUUCCGGCUUGGCAAAUCCCAUCACUCCAAUGGAGUAUGGAUUUGAAGAUUAUAUGAGGGAAGACGAAAGUGAUAUGGUGGACAUGGAAGCCGGUGUGAGCGCAUUUGGUGAUGAACAGGAUUUGGCUGCGGAUCGUUUUAUCCGCGAGGAGUAUGAUGUUGGUGAAGCGGACAUCGGUAAAAUUCCCGCACCAGAGGAAAGGGAUCCACGGCUCCAAAAAAUGCUUGGACCCACUGUAUUCCGGGCGCAACCAUUCCAAGUUGCCGUGAGUGUGAUUGAAGCCAGACGUCUGGUUGGGACAAACAUCAAUCCGCUGGUGGCAGUUUCCGUGGGGAAAUCGGUGCAGAAGACGGCCACAAAAUACUCCACCAGUAGACCGUAUUACGAUAACUACUUUGCAUUUGACACUCAAAAGACGAAGCAACAGUUCCUGAGCGAAACCAUUCGAAUACGUGUAUACAACAUGAGAGCCAAUCCAAUGUUGAGACUUUUACCGGGAAAAUUGAUUGGUGAAUUUGUGACAGAUGUACAAACGGUUUACGAUUACAAAGGACACUGUUUAUUCAAUAAAUGGGCUUUGAUUAUUGAUCCAAAGGAUCCAUGGGCCGGUCCAUGUGGAUUUGUCAAGGUCGAUAUGGCCAUUUUGGAACAAGGUCAACAGUUAAAACGCACGAAAAGAGAAAAAGGCGACCAAGAUGAGAAUAUUGAAGCGUAUCUACACGGGCAUCGUCAAGAUCGUAUGGUCUCGAUGGCUGUCCACGUGUACCAAGCGGAAGAUCUGCCCCCCAUGCACACAGAUAUCAGCAAUCAAUUUCGCCAAGCGUUCGUGGGAGAGGGCGCGGCAAAUGUGGAUCCGUACGUGGAAGUCAGCUAUGCCGGAUUCACUGUGAGUGUCUGA